AUGGAGAAUUCUCUUCAACUUCCGGUGAUUGACCUUAGCUCCUCCGAUCGUAUGGCAACUGCACAAUCUAUUCGUCAGGCAUGUGUGGAUUGUGGCUUCUUUUACCUAGUAGGCCAUGGGAUAGAGGAAGACUUGUUUAAAAGAGUCUUUGAAGAGAGCAAGAAAUUUUUCAUGCUUCCCCUUGAAGACAAACUGAAACUUUUUCGGACUAAUCAUCGUGGUUAUACGCCCCUUUACGCUGAGAGUCUUGAUCCCUCUUCAAGUUCCAGAGGUGACUCGAAAGAAGGUUUCUACGUUGGUCCUUUAAAUGACAAGAAAACAGGUGAAGAUUUGAAUCAGUGGCCUCCAGCAGGCGUGCUUCCACACUGGAGAUCGACGGUGGAACAAUACUACAGAAGUGUCUUAAAAGUUGGAGUAAAGUUGACCUCAUUAGUUGCUCUGGCACUAAACUUGGAUGAAGAUUUCUUUGAGAAAAUUGGAGCUCUUGAUCAAUGUAAUGGUUUCCUCCGCCUAUUGCAUUAUCCAGGGGAAGUUGAAAGUUCUGAUCGACAGAUUUAUGGUGCUUCUGCUCAUUCAGACUAUGGAAUGAUCACUCUUCUAGCAGCAGAGGAUAUUAGUGGCCUUCAGGUUUGUAGGGAAAAAUUUGCACAACCUCUUGUCUGGGAAGAUGUUCACAAUCUGAGGGGGGCUUUCAUAGUUAAUAUCGGAGAUAUGAUGGAGAGAUGGACAAAUUGUUUAUUCAGAUCAACAUUGCACAGAGUGAUGCCAACCGGACGAGAUCGCUACUCGAUGGCUUUGUUUUUGGAUCCCAACCCGAAUUGCUUGGUGGAAUGCCUGAAGAGUUGCUGCAGUGAGUCCAACCCUCCUAGUCUCAUUUUGCUUACUAUUCCUAGAAUGAAUCCUGCCCCUGACAAUUUAAGUUCACAGUCUAGUGGUGUCCAUCAUUCUAGUGAUCUGAAUGUUGCAAGUGUCGUUGGUUGUGGAUUUGUGACGGUGGUGGAUUACGUUCCGUCCAAAGAUAAUAUUCUUACAAUAAUAAGACUAUCAUUUUAA